AUGGUAGAGUGGGACGAGAAUAUGCGUCCGUACCACCCCUUUAGGUCGCGUUCCAUGCCGCCACCACCACCACCAGCGCCACGACCUCAUUCACCAGGCUGGACACAAAACUGCUUCUACCCUGCUGGAACCACUGUAUGGUAUGCUGGAACCAUAUGGCGAUGUGACGCACCGCAUACAAGCGGAGCAUUAGCACGUGAGCCACCGGUCAGUCCACACCUAUGGAGCCCAGCAUACCCUCCUCCCUCAAGCAGUCAUCGACCGCCUUCGCCAUACGACCUCUCUACACGACCGAGGAUCGGUGCGAGCCUGUCACCAGGUCUGGGUCGCUCAAUGUCCGUCGGAAGUUUCACUUCGUGGGACAGUGGCUCUGGAAUCGAAGGUGCUCGUGACGCUCGUGCGCGUCUCAUGGCACUUCGAGAGGACCCAGAGUUUGCCCGCGAUCGCUCCUACUUGCGUGACGAGCUGCUCGGUGCGCGUGUUUGGCGCGUGGGCGGUGUUGGUGCCUUUGCGUACGCCGAAGACACCGAGGUCGAGCGCGUACGUCAAAGCGCGUUCCGCGAGUACACGGCCGACAAUGGUCGUGAAGACUGGUUGCAUGCUGCGCGCGCCCGCACCGCUGCCUAUGCCAAUGCAGAGGCCAACGGGGGGAUCGUGCCUCUAUUGCGUUGGGUGAUUGUCGAGUCGUGGGCUCCAAUCCCACACGACGCACUCCCGAUUGGACACGAGGAGGACGGACACGUUCUGUAUGCUUCUCGCGUCUGGUUUGAUGGGGGUCUUCAUGUCGGCAAGGCGGGAGACCACCUGGCGGUCCGUUGCGCGACUUCGGUGGGAGGGCGCGUGCACUCUGCCCCGACAUUCGAGGUGCUCUGCGGGUCCCUCGACACGGUCGAGUGGGUCCCCGUUGAGCCGGGUCAGCUAGCUGUAUUCCCUGGCCUUCAGCCCGUGGAGGCUGGGCGCCAGAGUGACGGCCGCGCCAUCUUCGUUGCCAGAGCAGAACACCACAGAGAAGACCGCCUCGAGAGCUACGAAGUGCUCACCUACGCGACAACGCACCGGCGCUAG